AUGUCUAGAAGCUCGCUCACUUUACAAAAUGGUGAUGAAAGUAUUGUCGACGAUGAAGCUACGGUAGCGGCCACAACCACAGCUGCUAGUACUACCAUUGAUACAGCAGAAGCAGACCCAUUAACAUUGAACGAGCAACAACAACAACAGCGGCAGUCGCCGUUACAACAAGAACCUGUUAUAUGCACCCUAUGCCAAAAAUCAGCUACGUUCAUGUGUUCAUCGUGCGGUUUGAAUGGGCCCCGUUAUUGUUCUAUGGAAUGUCAAAAGACCGAUUGGAAGGAAAGCCAUUAUAAAGUUUGCGAGGCGACAUUGGCAGCUCGUCGUUCAAGGCGUGCUACAGGUUUGGCUAAUGCUAAUGCUGCUGAAGGAGAACAAAGAACAUCUCGGUUAAAUGCUGCACUCGCUGUCAAUUCGCGUCGUAACACAGCAGGAUCACAAGAACAAGACGGUGAUGGUAAUACGGAUAUUGCAAUGGCUGAUUUGGGCACAUCGCAAGACAUCGACGAAAACAAUCAACGACGACGACUACGAGAAGACGAUGAAGAAUUUGCAGACGAAUUAAAGUUCUAUAUGCAACAGAUCUAUUUCAUCAUCAAGCCCGUCGUUGCAUGCAUUAUUCUCAGCAUAUUCUGGGUCAAGGUGGCAUACAGUGGCGGUAGCGACUACAGUCCUACACGUUCAUCUUAUGUCAUACUUCCGAGCGAUGAUUCAACGUCGACAAGCAACGGUGAUGACAGUAGUGGAGAUGGUGGCGGGUCAGGCAUCACGCAAUCGCUCACGAAUGCAUUCAUUAUCAUCGGUCAAAUCAUUGUCGUCACUGUAGUGAUUGUAUUUUUGUUUCGUAAGGGCUGGAUCAAGGUUCUUGUCGGAUUUUUUAUGAUUGUCGUCCUGAUGCUCCUUGGUUUCAUGACUUAUUUAUUAUUACUGAAUUUGAUACAAGUCUUCUCCAUACCAAUGGAUUACAUUACAAUGGUGUUUGCUUUAUGGAACUUUGCUGUCGUCGGUUUAGUGUCUAUAUUUUGGAAAGGUCCGCUUUGGCUUCAACAAGGCUAUCUCACAGUUAUGAGCUCAUUGAUGGCCUUUUCAUUGACCGGACUCGAAGAAUGGACGACUUGGAUCUUACUGGGCUUACUUGCAGUGUGGGAUCUAAUUGCUGUCUUGUGUCCAUUUGGUCCGCUACGAUUACUAAUCGAGAGUUCACGAAAGCAACAGCGUGAAGUCCCAGCCUUGCUGUAUUCCGUCAACGCAGUAUGGUUCAUGCUAGCAGCAACCGAUCAUGUUCGAUUAUCAAAGAACAUUAUACCCUUUUCUUCUUCCUCCCAUAAAGACAACAACAACAACAACAACGAUACAUCCUCGCUCAACGAAAAAACAGCAGCAGCACAGCAACAACAACAAAAACAGCAAGUUGAUGAUUUAGCAGCGAAUGGACGAAAACGAACUGUUACCUUAUCCUCCAUCACCGAUACCAUACAUAGUCUUACUAGUUCUUCAGAAUACGAAGCAUCCACUUCAUCCACUGCACCAUUACAUCCCAAUGCCGCUGCACCAGGCAGACAACGACAACAGCAGCAACCUUCUUCCUCCACACUCGCCUCAUCAACAGGUCCUGCAAGCAUGACCAAUCUGCAGCCGAAUGGGUUUAUGCGUCUGCGUGCAGAAAGUAUAUCAAGUACUACAGUCGCUGCACAAUCCAAUACAGAAGAAGCUGCGAACAAAGCAACGCAUACUGAUGAUAGUAGUCGGAGGACCAGCACAGGUCAACCAGAUGACGACGAGCCAAGACGGAGGAGUAGUAAUGAUACCCAAGGAAUUGAAAAUGAUUCUGAAGAAAGAGAUGAAGAAGAUGUGGAAAGAAGCGGCCUGAAACUCGGAUUAGGCGAUUUUGUAUUUUAUAGUGUACUUAUUGCACGUGCAGCCUUGUAUGACUGGAUCACUACAGUGUGUUGUACGAUUGCAGUGCUGACAGGUCUGACGACGACCAUUUUCUUACUGGCCAUUUACAAAAAGGCCCUUCCAGCAUUGCCCAUUUCAAUUGCAUUUGGCAUACUUUUCUAUUUUGUCGCCAAAACCGUGCUUGUUCCCUAUAUUGGGGUAUUAUGUGUCUUUGGCAUGGUUGGUUUGUAG